AUGAGCAAUGCCUUUGGUACCUCCGUAGUCGAUGAAAGGCACAGCCUGCCUCUGGAGAUCCGUCCUGGUGAUCUUUUGGAAGGGACAUCGCAUGGACUAAUCUCUUGGUGGCAGAGGAAUAGUUCUUGGGUAGAUGAAAAGCUCCAUUUCCACGGUGCGCUUCGUUUCCGGGGAUUCGGAAUCGAUAGCCAGCCAAUCCUGGCCGAGGUUACGUCCUCGGUCAACCAAGCGCUGCUGGACUAUGUGGACGGGAAUUCUCCUCGUACCAAGGUUGGAUCAGGGGUCUAUACUUCGACCGAAUACCCGCCGGAAUUUUUCAUUUCCAUGCACAAUGAGCUGUCCUAUGCAAAGGAAUGGCCCGCGCGCCUUCAUUUUUGUUGCGUGACCCCGGCGCCGGAGGGAGGGGAGACACCCCUCUGUGAUCAUCGGGCACUCUUGCGAAAUCUGGAAGAGCCGGUGGUCGAAGAGUUUCGGUCCAAGGGGGUUACCUACAUCCGCAAUCUACAUGGGGGCCAGGGAUUUGGUCCUUCUUGGCAAGAUACUUUCGAGACCCAGGACCGGGCCGACAUUGAACGCUACGCUGCGGACUCCGAGGCGAAGAUUGAAUGGAAAGAGGAUAGGAGCGUGCGUCUCGCAGCCACCCGUCCGGCGACCCAUGUUCACCCGGUCACCGGUGAGGAAGUCUGGUUCAAUCAAGCGGAUCAAUUCCAUCCCACGACUCAUCCGAAGGCAGUCUACGAAUCGAUGAACCUUCUUUACAAGGGGCGUGGUAGCGACAUGCCGCAAUAUGUGACCUUCGGUGAUGGGAGUGAGAUUCCCGUAGAGACUCUGGAACACAUCCGAGAGACCACCAAGGAUCUGCUGGUGAUCUCUCCUUGGGAGCAGGGGGAUCUGGUGGUCGUGGACAACGUACUGGUGAGUCACGGUCGCAUGCCCUUCAAGGGGGAGCGCCGGGUGUUGGUCUCGAUGGCUUGA